UCUGAGGUUGUGUGGACCACUUUUGCAGUCUGUAUAUGUUCCUGCUGCCAACGUCUCUCUGAGUAAAGCAGAAAGAACACCUAAUAGCCUAAAGCAGUGGACUGAUCAACACUCCAUCAUCAUGUACAGUUUCAGCUUCUUACUGGUGCUAGUGUGUCUACAGGUUUGUGUCCCUUUUGUGUUUGCCGCACCAACUCAGUGCCCAAGCCAGUGCCACUGCCAUGGGGACCUGCAACACGUUAUCUGUGACAACGUCGGACUGAAGAAGAUCCCCCGCAUAUCCGAGGCCACUCGUCUCCUAAAUCUGCAAAGGAACAACUUAGGAAGUCUCCCAACUGGGGGUUUCAGCGAGAUGAAGGGGCUAAUUUCUCUGCAUCUGCAGCACUGUCAGAUCCGCGAGAUCUCCAGCCAGGCUUUCAAAGGGGUAAAGAAGCUCAUCUACCUUUACUUGUCUAAUAAUGAGAUCAGCACCAUCAAACCAGGUGCUUUUGAGGACCUAACCGAACUGACCUAUCUCUAUUUGGACGGUAACCACAUCACAAUCCUUCCGAAGGGCAUCUUUUCUCCCAUGGUCAACUUAUUUACCCUUCAGCUCGACAACAACAAGCUUCGAGAGCUGCAGCCUGGUACUUUCACGGGUGCUAAUGAUCUCCGAUGGCUUUAUUUGAGCAGAAACGAGUUGAGCUCCAUACAGCCAGGUUCUCUUGAUGAAGUGGAGAACCUGGCCAUUCUAACCUUGGACCGUAACCAGCUGUCCACAUACCCUCUUCUGGCUAUGAGCAAACUGCGUGUCGUGGAGGAACUCAACUUGUCCAAAAACCCUCUCAGCCUCAUCCCUGACCACGCAUUCCGGAGCUUCGGCCGCUACAUGGAGAAGCUACAUCUAAAUGACAUGAGCCUGGAGAAGUUCUCCAAUGCUGCCUUUGAGGGAGUGACGGCUCUCAAGUCUCUGCAUCUUGAGAACAACAAGCUGAAAUCGCUGCCGAACAGCCUUGAGUUUAGCACUCUCCAGAACCUCACUCUGUUUAACAACCCCUGGAGCUGCACCUGCCAAUUAGCAAAUCUCAAAAAAUGGAUGGACACUAGCCCCAAUCGCCCUGAUGCAGUUUGUGCUUCUCCUGGAAACCAGAAAGGAAAGCAAAUAAGAGAGAGCACUGCUUUCACCCGCUGCAAAGCAAAGAGGACCAGGAAGGGACCACGAAUCUGAGAUGGAGGACAGGGCCUGUCCAGGUGUCAGGACUUCAAUGUGCAGAAAAGGAAAGCAAUGCAGACUGCGACAUUGGGACUGUCCAUUUCCUCUUUCACUCUUUUUUUUGUGUGACAUAAAUGCGCUGACUCACUUCAUACUAAACAACAUGAAUAGCAUACAUGUGUUCACAGACAUUGACAAAACACCCUGAAGGAGCAGCUGGGUACAUCUGCAAAGUGAAAUUUUCACAAAUAUGAAAUGUGCCUUUAGUAUUCACUGUUAUGGUAAUGUCUAUUUUUAAUUCAAACAACCUGGCGGUAAAUCCAUCAUCACAGGACUAGUUUUUCCACACCAUAGAACAGAGCACACUCUUCUCCAUAAAAUGAGAAUUGGUAGAAUGGAUUGACAUUGCAUUGCUUAGCAUUUAUUUAAAAUCCCAGCAGUGCCUUGCUGAAGGACAAAGACUUAAUCUAGGGUAAGUUUGAAAUAUUCUUCAAUGACAAAACCUAUAAUUCCAAUUAUAUCUACAUCAAAAAUAAAAUCAGUCUUUUUUAGAGGGACUAUUAUAAAUGUGCACAUUGUAUGUUACAUUUUUCAGCAUAAAAAUGUAGAAAGAUGUAACAUGCUUUGCAGGCAUUCUUGCAGAAUGAACUUUAUCUACUCUACAGAUUCUCAUUUUAUGAUAUUUUAAGUCAUACUCCCAUUCUCAUGGUAGAAGCACUUAAUAUUAUAUAACCACCACAGUGUUAUAAUCAAAGCAGAGCUCUUCCUGAGGAUCCCGCUUCCUCAUUGUGAGAUCCUCCUUAGCUUUAUGCAUCUCACAACGUCUUGUAAGAGAAGCUUUGCAAACAAGACAAACCGAUCUUGACCAUGACUAAAACUGACACAUAUUCAAGAUGUGACAUGACCUGACCUCUUCUUCAAAUCUCUGACCAACGUCUAACACAAUAGACGAGGAAAACGUGGACUCCUAUUAUUAGGAACACCAUACAAAUACUGUGUUUGACCCAUUUUUUCUAGUCAUUUAUAAUGUAGUCUAUACACAAAUAAAAAAUGGACACUUUACCGUUUUGAAUGAUGUACUCUUGUCUUAUCUAUAUGACCAUAAUUAAGAGUAGUCCUUUGUUUUCAAUGCGAAGGAAAAAAUUCCAAGUAGUCUCGCGUGCGUGCACAGUAUGUCAGUUCUAGCACUGCUGGAUUUGAUAUUAGAAGCUUGAUUAUUAUUAUCAAAAUAAAAGUGCAUAGGAACAGGACCGCACCCACAAUUGAGGUCCCUGAAGUAUAUAAUGAAAGUUGUGAAAUAAUUGCCAAGUAUUAACUUAAUUUGUUGCAGCAAGGAUAUUGUACAUCGCGAUGAUAUCUGACCUUCUCGUCUGAGCUGCUUCAACAGACUAACAACAACAGCUCGUCAAUGUCAAAAUGUUUGUGUCGGAGAUGAAUUCAGAGUAGGUUGCGGCAUAAAUUGCGAAAUAAGAUGUAGGCCUAAACUAAACAGCUGUUUUAGAUAGAAGUUUUAAACAAACGACUGAAACAAUUAGUUUGCAAAGUAUCAUUUAAAGCUCAGCUUUGGUAAAGGAAAUAGCUACAGGUCAAGAGAAGCAUCCUGUGCCCAUGAGAUUAACAUUAUGGAUUCAUAUUUAACACAGAUAUACUGUAUGUGUUUUAGCUAAUUACAGUGGAUAUAAGCUCAAUUUAACAACACACACACACCUAUUAAACAUAUUGUUUUAGCAAGAUCUCUUUUGGGACCUCAGUAGGCUAUUGAGAAAUUCCUGCAUAGGACAAUGGGUGGAAACCAUUUGUCUCACACAUUAACUUUGUGCUCAAUCACUGCUAUAAA